AUGCAUCCAGUCCAAGCUCCAACCUCAAGCAGCACAGGACAACAAGGACCAAGUACUCCAGUUCACAAUGCUCCUCGAGGCGAUCCUCAUAACUUUCCCCCAACACCACAACGAGCCAAUCCACCACAACCAGCUAUGGAGUUUACUAUGCAACAAAUGGCUGAGAAAAGGCUUAAACUGAAGGAGUUAUAUGGCAAAUAGUAAGUUCUUGACGUUUUUGUUUGAUUUUAGGUAACAUUAUCGACUUAUGGGGGUGUUUUUGGCUUUACAGUAAAUGUCUCAAUUUUUUUGCAGCGCCCAAAAGCCAUUGCCACCGACAGCUUUGCAGUCAGUGUACACUGCAGUACCCACAAAUUCUUCGUUGAACAAUGAUUUCCUUGUUGUUAUGCCAAGAUUGGAUAUAGAUGAAACCGGGCCACCACAAAUGAUACCUCCCCUUGGAAAUGUGCCAAUUGUUAGGGAAUCUUUUGCCAUGAGGAUGCGACCACGGUGA